UUUUGGAGACCCAUCUUGACUUAGCGUCGGAGAGGCAUCACUGGCAAGCGCUGAUCGUGUACUUUCCUUUGCAGGUUUGCUGGCUUAGCUCAGCGGACGACGGACGUGGGGCCAUUGUAGGUCCAAAACAGCAACAUUCAAAAAAAAGAAAAUAAAAAAUCAUCCUUAACAGGAGACGCCAAGGCAAAACCCCAGAAGAAAGUAAACUUAGUGCUGACAAACAAUGGCGGCUGCUGCUUCUGCUUCUGCUUCUCUGAUCAAUCCGCUGACAUCUUCUCUAUGCAACUCCAAAUCUGAGCUCUUUGCCGACUCUUCUCGGACUUUGAAACAAGCCUGGGUGGGUACAACCAAUUCUUUGAGGUUGAGGAACAAGAAUUGUUCGAGCAGGAGGCUGUCUUCAGGUUGCUCUGUCGUGUGCAAGGCAGUGUCUGUGAAGCCCCCGACAGAGAUUGAAGGUCUCAACAUAGCCGAGGAUGUCACUCAGCUUAUAGGAAAAACCCCUAUGGUUUACCUGAAUAACAUUGUAAAGGGGUCUGUAGCAAAUGUUGCUGCCAAGCUUGAGAUCAUGGAGCCAUGUUGUAGUGUCAAGGACAGGAUAGGUUACAGUAUGAUAGCUGAGGCUGAACAAAAAGGAGUAAUAACACCUGGAAAGAGUAUUCUUGUGGAACCUACAAGUGGAAACACAGGCAUUGGUCUUGCAUUUAUUGCAGCUUCAAAAGGAUAUAAACUCAUCUUGACAAUGCCAGCAUCAAUGAGUUUGGAAAGAAGGGUUCUUCUAAAAGCGUUUGGGGCUGAGCUUGUAUUGACUGAUUCAGCAAAGGGCAUGAAGGGAGCAGUUCAAAAAGCUGAAGAGAUUUUGAAAAGAACACCCAAUGCCUACAUGCUUCAACAAUUUGACAAUCCUGCUAAUCCUAAGGUACACUAUGACACAACUGGUCCAGAAAUCUGGGAAGAUACAAGAGGCAAGGUGGAUAUAUUUAUAGCAGGCAUCGGAACUGGUGGAACCAUUUCUGGUGUUGGUCGGUUCCUUAAACAGAAAAAUCCCAAAAUAAAGGUCAUUGGUAUAGAACCUUUAGAAAGCAACAUACUUUCAGGUGGAAAGCCUGGUCCUCACAAGAUUCAAGGAAUUGGAGCUGGUUUUGUACCCAGGAAUUUGGAUCGAGAAGUGGUUGACGAAGUCAUAGAGAUAUCUAGUGAUGAAGCUGUUGAAACUGCAAAGCAACUAGCACUCCAGGAAGGCUUGUUGGUGGGCAUCUCCUCUGGAGCGGCAGCUGCUGCCGCACUGAAGGUUGGGAAGAGACCUGAGAAUGCGGGGAAGCUCAUUGCGAUUGUGUUUCCCAGCUUCGGCGAGCGAUAUCUAUCCUCUGUUCUUUUCCAGUCAAUCCGGGAAGAAUGCGAGAAAAUGCAACCCGAGCCAUGAAUGAAGCGCUGUUAAGAAUAGUAUUGUUUCAAUGUAUUUUUGCAUUCGUGUGUACCGUGCUAGGAUCUGGGUCUUUACAACAUGGCUCCAACAUGGUACGAAAAACAUGCAAGUUGUCUUUGUCUUUUUUCGUUUUUUCUUUCUUUCUCCAGUAAAUGGUGGUGUUUAAGGGUGCAAGUAGUUGAGCUGAUUUUCACUCUUCACGUUCCCAUGGUGUUUAAGGGUAUCUUUCGUUUCCCAAGUUUUUAUUUAUUUAUUUAUUUAUUAAAAUGUAAAAGCAAUUUCACGUUUCUUUCUAGAUGGAAAUUAAACUAGAAUUCUUUCCAAA